AUGUUUCUGUUGACACUCUUUGUCGGUUUCGCACUCUCGCUCAAAACCUGCGACCAAAAUGAGCGUUUUCUCAAAUUUUACAAAAUCAAAAGUUGUUACAAGUCGACGCUACCGAGCGUUUCAUGGAAGCAUUUUGAUAACGUGCAAGAUUGUAUGCAAUUCACGCGUGACAAGAAUGGGCUAGCGUUCAAUUUUAGCCCCCCUCCAUUCGAAAAAGUGCGAAGUUGUGAGGUUUUGGGGUGUCCGGAGACCCACAACUCGACCACGUUUGUCUUUGAUCCCAGUUAUGACUACUACAGCGCUUAUGGCGACUCUAACUCCACAAUCAACGCGACUUGUCUCAAAUCCUUCGGUUUGUUUCAAGUGGUUCAAGAGAAAAUGAACUACACUAGGGCUGCGCUUACUUGUCAGAGUCUGGGGGCCGAUUUGGCCGAUGUUUUGAGUGAGUCGAGGACGAAUUCCCUUGCAGGGUUACUCAAAUCUUUGCCUAAUUGGUACAAAGGGGCUUACGUCGGGCUUGAUGAUAUCGGUGUUGAGGGGAGUUUUGAGACUCCAAUGGGGAAUUCUUUACAGUGUACGAGGUUUCGAGCCUGGGCUGUGGGCCACCCAAGGCCAGGACGAAGAAAAGAAGACUGUGUUAUGUUAGAUGUUGAAAAAACAUGGAGGGCGAUAAAUUGUAAAAUUAAAUUGGACUUCAUUUGCGAAUUUUACCCGACUUCACCCACAAUCACAUUGAAUGAGUUUAAAUAUAAGAAUUGUAGCCACAUUAAAAGUAAAAGGAAGAAACAAGAGUGUGACUCAAAUAACGAAUUAUUUGAAUUGUAUAACAGUUCUACGCGAACUGAUCAGUGCGCUUUAAUGAAUGAUCUUGAUUUUUAAUUUUUUAUUGCAAAAAAUACAUUAAAUUCGACGUUUUUGUGUA